AACAGAUUUUGUUGUUAUUAUUAUUAAUUUAUUAGUCAUGAAGCGGCAUUCGGAAAUGUCUCUUUCAAGUUGAACUUUUGGCCUUCGGACACUGGGGCGCGCGCGGGAGAGAGAAAUUCGAACAGGCGAUAAAGUGUUGCGGGGAUACAGAGCACAGCUCUCGCGAAACCCUCCAAUGGCAGAUGCAAUGGAGGUCGAACUACAAGAAGAACGUGUCUUCAAAGACCCUCCAAAUAUCCGUCGUUUAGACGAAACCGUCGUCAAUCGAAUUGCCGCCGGCGAGGUCAUCCAACGCCCCGUCUCCGUCGUCAAGGAGCUUGUCGAGAACAGUCUCGACGCCCACUCCUCCUCUGUAAACGUUGUUGUUAAGGACGGUGGCCUGAAGCUCAUACAAGUCACCGAUGACGGCCAUGGAAUCCGCUACGAGGACUUGCCGAUACUGUGCGAGAGGCAUACGACUUCGAAGUUGUCUACUUUCGAGGAUUUGCAGUCGAUCAAGUCAAUGGGGUUUCGAGGAGAAGCGUUGGCGAGUAUGACCUAUGUUGGACACGUUACAGUUACGACAAUCACGAAGGGGCAAUUGCAUGGUUACAGGGUAUCUUAUAAGGAUGGAGUCAUGGAGCACGAACCCAAAGCAUGUGCUGCUGUAAAAGGAACUCAGAUAAUGGUUGAAAAUCUAUUCUAUAAUAUGAAUGCUCGGAGAAAGACACUACAAAGUUCUGCUGAUGAUUACUCAAAAAUUGUAGACUUAUUAAGCCGCUUUGCGAUUCAUCAUGCACAUGUUAGUUUCUCUUGUAGAAAGCACGGCGCUGCUAGAGCAGAUGUUCAUUCUGUUGGGACACGUUCAAGGGUUGAUGCUAUUAGAUCUGUUUACGGGGUGUCAGUUGCCCAAAAUCUUAUGAAAAUAGAAGCUUCAGACAAUGACCUAUCUAGUUCAGUUUUUAAGAUGGAUGGACUCAUCUCCAAUUUCAAUUUUGUUGCAAAGAAGAUAACAAUGGUUCUUUUCAUAAAUGAUAGAUUGGUCGAAUGGACUGCUUUGAAAAGAGCUCUCGAAAUUGUUUAUUCUGCAACAUUGCCAAAAGCAUCGAAACCUUUCAUAUACAUGUCAAUUGUAUUGCCACUAGACCAUGUGGAUGUGAAUGUUCAUCCGACAAAAAGAGAGGUAAGCAUUCUGAACCAAGAAGUCAUCAUUGAGAAGAUACAGUCUCUGGUUGAGUCGAAAUUGAGGAACUCAAAUGACACAAGGACAUUUCAAGAACAGACAAUUGAGCCAUCUUCAUCUGGUCAAGUGUGCUCACUAAAGGAUUCAGAUAUAAAUCCUUCACCAUCUGGAUCAAAACCUCCGAAGGUUCCAGUGCAUAAAAUGGUUAGAACAGAUUCAUCAGAUCCUGCUGGAAGGUUGCAUGCCUACAUGCAAGCCAAGCCCCAUAGCCAUCUAGAAGGGAUUUCUAGUUUGACUUCAGUAAGGUCAUCUAUAAGGCAAAGAAGGAACCCAAAGGAAACUGCAGAUCUCACUAGCAUUCAGGAGCUCAUUGAUGAUAUUGAUGGCAAUUCUCAUUCUGGUCUGCUGGACAUUGUAAGACAUUGUACAUAUGUUGGAAUGGCAGAUGAUGUCUUUGCAUUGCUUCAGCAUGACACUCAUCUCUAUCUUGCAAAUGUAGUGAACUUGAGCAAAGAGCUAAUGUACCAGCAAGUAUUGCGUCGUUUUGCUCAUUUCAAUGCUAUAGAACUAAGUAAUCCAGCAUCAUUGAAGGAGUUAAUUAUGCUGGCACUGAAAGAGGAGGAUUUAAAUCCAGAAUGCGAGGGUAAUGAUGACUUGAAAGAGAAGAUUGCCGAUAUGAGUACAGGGCUAUUGAAGCAGAAAACUGAAAUGCUAGAAGAGUAUUUUUGCAUUCAUAUAGACAUAGAUGGGAAUUUGACGAAGCUUCCAGUUGUACUUGACCAGUACACACCUGACAUGGAUCGUGUUCCUGACUUUGUCCUUUGUUUGGGAAAUGAUGUGGAUUGGGAGAAUGAAAAAACUUGCUUUCAAGCAAUUUCAGCAGCUCUUGGAAACUUCUAUGCUAUGCAUCCGCCUAUGUUGCCCAACCCAACUGGUGAUGGUUUGAAAUUUUAUGAAAAGAAAAAACCUUUCCAGAACACUGAAGACACAGAAAUUCCGUCAGGGGAUAAUGUCAUCAUGGCGACUGAAACAGGCAAUGAAUUACUUUCGGAGGCAGAAACUGCAUGGGCCCAGCGUGAAUGGUCAAUCCAGCAUAUCUUGUUUCCAGCCGUAAAACUCUUUCUUAAGCCUCCAACUUCCAUGGCUAAUAAUGGAACAUUUGUUCGGGUUGCUUCCUUGGAGAAACUCUACAAGAUAUUUGAAAGAUGCUGAUAUGAAUACUAUGCAUAUUACAUUGCAUAGUGAUUUUCAAAGCUAUGGAUUUUUUUUUUUAUUAUUAUUUUUUUUCAGUAAGGAAUCAAAUUCUUUCAACAACAACAAAUCACAAUAAUAUUGGGUUCUUGAUCUAUAAAUUCCUUUUUCAUUUCUA